AUGUUACUCGAUGAGUGGGGCAAUGAGCAUUUCUCGGAGGGAUCCAAAGGAGAAAUUGCUACUAACUACUUUCGGGAACUGUUCUUGAGCUCUAACCCGUAUGAUCUUGAGUCCCUCUUCUCGGACUUCCCAUCUCGCAUCACAGAAGAGAUGAAUGUGAGUUUGACUGCGACAGUUUCACCUGAGGAGAUUAAAAAAGCAGCUAUGAGUAUUGAUGGUGGUAGUGCUCCGGGAGAAGAUGGGCUUACAGGCUCCUUUUAUCAGAAGUAUUGGCACAUUGUUGGGCCGGCGAUCACGAAAGAGAUCUUAUACUUCUUUGAGACAACCAUCAUACCAGAAGGAUGGAACCACACACAGCUGAGCCUCAUCCCAAAGAUCUCAAACCCGUCUCGUAUGAAGGACAUGAGGCCUAUCAGCUUAUGCUCGGUGCAAUAUAAAAUCAUCUCCAAGGUUUUAUGUAACCGUUUGGAGCGUUUCUUGCCAGACGUGGUCUCUGAGACUCAAGGAGCCUUUGUAUCAGGGCGCUUAAUCUCAGAUAAUAUCAUCAUUGCCCACGAGAUGAUUCAUUCGCUUAGAACGAACGAUAGAGUGUCGGAGGGGUUUAUGGCCAUUAAAACUGAUAUGUCGAAAGCGUAUGAUCGGGUUGAAUGGUGCUUUCUAGAGACUUUAUUGGAAAGGAUGGGCUUUGAUCGUGUCUGGGUACGUUGGAUUAUGGCCUGCGUGAGUACUGUCUCUUAUUCAGUUUUACUUAAUGGAAGUUCCCAUGGCUUUAUCAAACCAGAGCGUGGCUUACGGCAGGGAGAUCCCCUCUCUCCUUUCUUGUUUAUAUUAUGUGCGGAGGCUCUAGUGGGAUGUUUGAACAGAGCAGCUGAUAAGGGGAACCUCCAUGGCAUUCAGAUUGGUUCACAAGGUCCUUCAGUGCACCACCUUCUCUUCGCGGAUGACAGUUUGUUGAUUUGCAAAGCUGAUGUCAUGGAGGCUACUGAGAUUCUAAAUUGCCUCAAGAUGUAUGGUGAUGCCUCGGGCCAGCUUAUCAACCCGGAGAAAUCCUCUAUCAUCUUUGGAAGCAAGGUUAAUGGUGUAACUAAAACAGAGGUUAAAGAGGUGUUAGGAAUUGAAGCGGAGGGGGGUGAUGGCAUGUAUCUGGGUCUCCCAGAAUGUUUUAGCGGUUCUAAGAUGCAACUUCUCAGUUUCUUGCGAGGGAAGCUUCAAGGUCGCCUGAGUGGAUGGUUUGCAAAAUCAUUAUCACAGGGAGGCAAAGAGAUCCUGCUCAAAUCUAUAUGUCUAGCGCUUCCCAUCUACGCAAUGUCAUGUUUCCGUCUACCAAAAGAUACGUGCGCCCGCUUGAGAAGUGCCAUGAUUGAGUUUUGGUGGAGUAGUGGUAACAAUAGGAAAAAUAUUGCGUGGGUUGCAUGGGAGAAGCUCUGUAAAUCGAAAGAUAAAAGAGGGUUGGGAUUCAAAGAUUUGGAGAAGUUUAACCAAGCCUUGCUAGCAAAGCAAGCGGCAAGAAUUUUGAAUAAUCCGGAUUCACUCUUAGCGCAAGUGCUAAAGCAACGGUACUUUAAAAACUCCUCCUUCCUUGAAGCUGGCCUGGGCUCAAGACCUUCUUUUGCUUGGCGAAGCAUUGUUCAUGGACGAGGACUCUUGCAGCAAGGAUUAAUGACCAGAGUUGGCUCGGGUACCAACACGAAAGUAUGGUGGGAUCGUUGGGUUUUGGACAAAGUUCCUCGUGUUCCAGAGUAUAGGCAAGAUUCUGUGAUUGAUCUAACACUGACAGUUGCAGAUUUGGUUGACCACAACUCGGGAGCUUGGAACAGAGCACUUAUUUAUGAUACUUUUGUACAAAAAGAUGCAGAGUUGAUCUUGGAUAUGAAGAGAUCAGUUAAUCGUCCUGAUGAGAUCGUAUGGGGCUUAUUGAAGAACGGUUUAUAUUCUUCAAAGAGUGGAUAUGCUCUUUUGGACACGUUAGAAGAUAUAAACUCUCCUCCUUUGACGCAGACUCCACCGGUAGAAACCCAACUUUGGCAAGCAAUAUGGAAAACGAAGACGACUCCUAAGCUUCGUCACUUCCUGUGGCGAAUUCGAGCUGGAGCUUUAGCAGUCAAGGAGAGGUUGAGUUCAAGAGGCAUUCAGCUGGAUACAACCUGUUCAUCGUGUAAUGAUGGUCCCGAAGAUAUUGGACACGUUCUCUUCCAAUGCAAAUUUGCCCAGGAGGUUUGGGCUUUAGCAGCGGUUCCUAUGCCUCCUUCUGGUAGGUGGUCCCGAUCUGUUUUCCUCAACCUUCAUCAUCUGAUAGCCUGCAGUAAGAAGCAUAGUCUCCAACCGGAAGCUGGAGCAAUCUUCCCAUGGCUUUUGUGGCACAUAUGGAAAGCUAGAAAUAGCUUCUGUUUCGAAUUCACGAGGUUAGAUCCUGCUAUGGUAUGGGAGAAAGCGAAGAUGGAAGCUGAAGUGUGGAGAAACUUACAAACUGCUCCUCAUGAUAGAACUCCCUCUGCAGUACCGACAAGGGUAAUUUCAAACAAGUGGACUAAGCCGAUGUCUAAUUGGGUUAAAUGCAAUAUAUCCUCUUCUUGGGUAUCUCAGAACCCGCUCAGUGGAGGUGCUUGGAUUGUUAGAGAUUCGACUGGUAAGGUCGUCUUCCACAGCAGAAGGUCUUUUAGUAAUCUGGAGAAUUCCCUGAUAACUGAUCUCACCUCUCUUCAAUGGGCAGUAGAAUCUAUGAAAAGCCUGAGAAUUGAUAAGGUGAUGUUUGAAACUUCGUCACUUGCGCUCAGGGAUGCUUUCUAUCAUCGUUCAUUAGACCCUCAAGUUGGUCAGAAGGUAAAUGAGAUCCUCCAAGGUCUAAACACCUUUAUGGAAUGGAGACUAGACCAUGUGGAAAGUAGUGGAAACAGAGCAGCGAAGUUGAUAGCUCAAAGCGUCACCGACGACCAUCGUUUCAACUCUUACGUUGCUACGGGCGGUCCUUCCUGGCUCCAGAUCCUGUUACAUCAGGAAUCUUCGGUGUCUGGCUCCUAA